AUGUUCGGCCCGACGAUAAUCAUUCUGUUGGGGGUCGUCUUGAUCCUUCUGGUGACACCGAAGAGCGGUAGAAUCAUUCGCCGAUGGCUGGUGGCAGGCCUUUCAUAUAUGAUCCAUCAAAUUCUACUCAGAGUUUAUCCAGUCUACCAUGAAGAUGGCAAGACUCAAAUUCCGACUGUGCCUUAUCAGUGGCCCGACGGACAAGGAGAUGUUGGAAAGUUUCUAGAUGGUAUUGAAAACAGUUCGGCGUGGGAAAAAGCAAAUGGCCGAGUAUAUCGGAUCUGGUCGGGCAUGACGCCAGAAAUCGUCCUUGCUUCGCCCGAUCAUUUGAGAAUCGUAUUUCAAGACUCGGCGAAGCAUGUUAAAGCCGCAAACAACAACUCUGGCUGGUUGAUGAAUCAAGUGCUAGGGGAAUGCGUAGGUUUGGUGAGCAACAAGAAGUGGCGAUGUCUUCGCGCUGCAACAGAGGCUCCCUUCACCCACAGCGCGGUGACUGCGUACGUUGAUCGUGUGCGGCGGCGCAUCGAGGAGUACAUGACCUCUCUUGAGACUCACGGUCAGCUUCGGUGCGGCAUUCUGGAUCCAGCAGGCGAUAUGAAGAUGCUGCCGUUCUUGGUCGUCGCAGAAAUCAUCUACGGUGGCAUUUCCAGCGAGAUGGAGGAGGAGUUGAGGGGGCUUGCACCCCUACGUGAAGAACUAUUCCGCUACAUAAUCAAAGGAGGACUUCCGCGGUAUAGCUGGUCGCGCUUUCUGCCAACAAGAGCCAAUCAAGCUUUGUCGGUGUUCAAGGUGGCAUGGGCGUCAUUCAACGAUCGUGCCGUGCAACGUGCCAGGGACCUGUCGCUGGGAGCGCCGAUUGAGCAGAUGUACGCAGCAGUAACUGCUGGCACAAUCACGGCGGAUCAGUUAUACCAAACGCUUGACGAAAGCCUUUACGCCAACCUAGACGUCACAACGGGUGCACUCUCAUGGAACCUUGUCUUCCUAGCCUCGUCGCCGGGGACUCAGCAGAGGGUGAGACAAGAAGUGGAAACAUUCUGUCGCACCGGAACGAUGCACAAGUACCUUCUUGAUUCCAGCACGUACCUUACAGCCUGCAUCUUGGAAUCUUCUCGGUUGAAGCCGCUCGCUGCAUUCUCUGUUCCGCAGGCCGCGCCUACGGAGCGUGUUAUCGACGGCUACAUAGUACCAGGGGGUACCAACUUCGUCGUCGAUUCAUAUGCAAUUAACAUCCGUCAUGAAUUCUGGGGUCCCGACCGCACGCAAUACCGACCAGAUCGGUUCUUGCAGCUGGCUGCCAAAGAUCUCCGCUACCACUUCUGGCGCUUUGGUUUCGGCAGCCGGCAAUGCAUGGGCAAGUUCGUCGCCGACCUGAUGCUGCGAGCGUUGCUAACACACAUGGUAACACAUUUUGACACAUGUCUGCUUGAUGACGAGGCUGAGUGGCGGCGCGAUACGGAGUCGUGGAUCACGCAUCCCAAGAUGAAGCUGAGGUGCACAAAAAGGACCCAGAAUGAAGGUAGAAUCUAA